UAAUCAUUUGCUUUCUCUAAGAUUUGUAGGAGAAGGUUUCUGAUUUGAGAUUUAAAUUGACUUCGCUUGAAGUCACUUUAAUUAUCGUCUCUAUAGCUUUACAAUAUCUUUUAGGUCCAUUAACAAUUUUUAGCGUGACCUAAUGAACUUAUAAUGUCACAAAGAAAAUAUCUAAGCUUAGCAAUGCGUUUUAAUGAACUAUCAAAUCACAAUAAAACAUCUCAUCCUAAUCAACAGUGAUUGGCUUAAUCUUAAAGGUGACUUAAUGUUAAAAACUCGAAAUAACAGUUAUGAAUGCAUAACUGAGUAUCAAUAAUCUAUCACUAAAAUAAGCUAUUAGAACGAGCUUUUACCCUUUUACUGGUAUCGCCUAAUAUAUAGAACCUAUUCAUGUAUUGGCUACCCAGGAAUUCAGUGGCAGGUCAUCUGCGAGAGUCGCGAGACCACUUAGUGCACUUAGCAUGCACGGCUAACUUAACUAACUUAAUUCAUGAAUUAACAAUUUGAAACUAAUAUCUUAUUUAUAAACUCCUUUACUAUAUCUUUUGCUUCUCUAAAAUAUUUCAUUUACACCAGUUUUGCUGUAUCCAUCGUUUGUCACGAGAAGACCCAGAAGCAAAAGAACAACGAGAAGACUAAAGUUAAACGUAACAAAAUGCUGUUCAAACUCCUGUGCUUAUCUUUGUUGUGUUGCAUUGCCAGCUGCACUAGGCGUGAACAACAGACCUGCGGCGAAGAGAAGUUUUACUGCCCGAGCACUAAGGAGUGUUUGAACCGGGACCUACGGUGCACCAAUAAGAAGGUCUGCGUCGAUCUUGAAAGUGGCCAAGAAAACAACUGUUUUGAAGAACGUCCUGGUAGAUACCGCUACUACAAAAAACAGUCUCCGCUGUUAAGCAGUGGGUCCAGCAAAAGUAAACGAUUGGUGAAAGGUUGGAAUUUCAAGCAUUGGUUCCUGGAGUACCGUGGUUUUGCGUACGAGUUCGGCACCUACGGUCAUCAGGAACUUGAUGUGAAUGAUCCAAACUAUAAAUAUGGCCCUGGAAGAGAAAAAGUUGUGAAAGAAGAAUUGCUCGGAACCAGUAGUUGUACCAGAGAUGAUGUCUUGGGAUUUCGUAGGGAAUUCAUGGCGGCUAAUCCAAAGUACAAACUCCAUUGCAAUAACUGCCAGACGUUCGUCGAGUUUUUGGCAGAAAAACUGAAAAACGACUGUUCACCGACCCAGAACAAAAAGAAGUUUUGAUAACGAGAUGGAAAGUCUUAAACUAGAAAAAAAGCUUCAUUUAAAAGGUAAUGUUCACAAGAAUCGAACAAAUUCAACAAGAAUUCGUGGCAAGGGUCAAAAAAAUCAAAUUCGCUCUCCUUUUGAGAAUCGAUAGGUCUUAAUUAGAUAUGAAUCCUUGGGUAGUUAGUCUUCGAAAAUAUUAUCUUUUGUUUUCGAGAAAUCGGCCAGGCAAGAGGUUCGACCAUAGCCCCCAAGCAAGAGACGCUCAAGAUGAUGUGUGGAAAUGGCCAAACUUUGACGUGACAGCGCGCGUUAAAAAAUAAACCAUCUAUGACAAAUCUUGUUUUUCAUGUUAAGGGGAGAAUUUCUGGCAAGUGAAAAUCGAAGACCUGUGUCUACACAUAUGUUAAGUAGUUACCUCAAAGGAAAAAAGGUUUUUAAAUCAUGUUGUUAGAACUGUCUGCAAGAUCUCUGCAGUGGCGGAUCCAGGAUUUUUCAAAGGAGGGUUCCGUUAAUUAUUUGGGGGAAAUUAAUGCUCCCCUUUCCCCAAUAAACACGAAAACCACUCCAAUGAACGAACAAAAGGGAUACAUUAAGUAGAAGGUUCACAAUUUGGCAUAGAUGGUUUAUCUUUUACGAGCGCUCUGUUCAAAGUUUGGCCCGAUUUCCACCCCUCUUGAACGUGUCUUGCUUGGGAAGAACCUCUUAUCUGGCCGAUUUAUCGAAAAUUGAAUAAAAUUUUCGAAGACUAACUAUUCAGGGAUUCAUCUCUAAUAUCUAAAAGCCGACAGCGAAUUUGAUUUUUUGACCCUUGCCAACAUUUGUGUUAGAUUCUUGUGGACAUCGCCUCUUUAAACCAUGGGCUGUAGGAGAAUAUUUGGUUUGUGGCGGGGAAAAUGCUUGUUGGUAGACCAAAUAAAUCAUUAAUUACUCAUUUG